UUUGGUGGCGACAGAACUAUACCGGGACUGUGGUUUUGGUCAGAUUAGAUUAAAUGUUCAAAAGUUUUUUCUUCGAAACCUGCACAUACUAAUGUACAUGAUUGAACAUGGCACUACUUUUGUGAAUUUCCUUAGCAGGAUUUUUGGGAAAUCCGAGAGCGCAGCAACCCCGAGUUUAGCAGCUGAUUAUUGGUACAAAAUUUUUUAAACAAAUUGCAAUUUGUGCUCGGUGGAGAAAACGCAGUUGUUUACAUAAACGAGGAUAAGAAAAAAUAUAUAAGUAUAUCUAUAUUGUUCUAAAGUUUGUGAAACAAUAAGAGCGAAAAGUCUAUGUGUCGGGAAAGCUGGCGGUUUGACCAGUGAAGGAGUAAAGGAUUUCGAAACAUAAGUGGCGUAAACAAAGUCGUGCAAAAUGUUUAAUGUUCUCCAGCGCCUUUUGGGAGGGGAUACACCACCUAACAAAGUUCUUGAAAUCAAAGGCGAAUCAUUGGGAAGCUUGCUGGUAAUAGGACGGGAUGAAGGUAUGGUACUGUACUCGCCACCAUUCAAUUCUGUAGAUAAGAAGGCGGGCUAUGAAAUUGUGCUCCAACGUCAUGUCAAUGAUCCCGCAAACACAUGCUUCAGCUUAUAUCGUUCACCCCUUCAACAGGACGCCGAGGAUAGGUUCAACGCCUUCGUACAUCGCUUGCCUGUGUUCGUUACUAUCGUAAAGGAGUUUUACAACGUUAACGGGCUACAAAAAGUAUGUGAUGCGUUGGCAGAAAAUCCCUCCUGGUCAUUGGCACACUUGGUUGCCUAUUUCAAUCUCGUUGAUUACGUAAGUAAUCCGAAAGUAUUGGAAUUCAUCGAUUAUGCGGAUCAUGUGCAUCUGAUGUCGCCAUUUCAGCUUGCCAUAAAAAGCGGAAACAAUGAAAUGGUUAAGACGUUGCUGCCGCUUUGUAAAAUGGAACAUCUGGAUAACAAUAGUAACUCCGUAUUUCAUUAUGCCGCUAGUACAAACAAAGAAAUCAUAAACUUGUUGACCGCAAAAAGUACAGAAAACCUCAAUCACAUCAAUUCGGAUGGUUUCCCGCCAUUACAUUUAGCCUGUUUGUCGGAUAAACCCGAAUGCGUAAAAGCUUUACUAUUAGCUGGCGCAGAUGUUAACUUAAAUGCCAAGAAUAUGAGCAAAAUAUACAAGACUAGUACACCUACUUCGGUUGCUGAAUUUCUCAAAACCAAUGCAAAUAAGCUAUACACUAAGGAUAUGAAAUUCGGCGGCACUCCGUUGCAUUGGUCUUCUUCUCGUGAGACAUUACAUGCGCUCAUUAAGCAGGGAUGCGAUGUCAAUGCAACAAAUUUUGACGGACGCACCGCCUUACAUGUGAUGAUUGGUCGAAACCGUUUUGAAUGUGUUGUUACACUCCUAGCUCAUGAUGCUGAUAUUGAUGUAUUCGAUAAAGAUGGAAACACCGCUUUACACAUUGCCAUCGAAAAGAAAUUGGUACCUAUCGUGCAAUGCCUAGUGGUUUUCGGUUGCGAUAUUAAUUUAAAAAAUAAGGAUGGGAAAACACCGCGACACAUGGUUGGUAGUGAUUCAAACGGCGGUAAAGAAAGUGAAAUGCUCUAUAUUUUGCAUUCAGUUGGGGCUAAACGAUGUCCAGGAUCGAGUACAAAAUGCCCAGCUGGUUGUAACGCUAAAGGUACCUACAAUGGUAUACCACCUGAGUCCCCAGAACCAGUCGAGCAACGUCAGCAUAUUGAAAGUAUGCUGGCAUCAACUAGCCGCCAAGCAAUGGAUGGUCUCUUUGGUUCAUCCUCUAAUGGUAGCGCAUUGACACCGGAGCCUACAGUUAUCAUUGAUACUGAAAAAGAACAAAAGGGCCAAAGUAUAAUGGAUGCGUUGCUCGGAAUGUUUACCACCAAAGUAAAUAACGACGGCAAAAAAGUAUCGCCUAGCAACAGCCUUGAAGGAGAGGGUAGUGGAGAUGCCAGCGCAGCUCCAACUCCAACUACACCAGCUUCAAUCGGCAGCGAAUCUAGCAAUAAAAGCGAAAAACCUUAUGGCCGCGGACGUUUAUUGUGCCUGGAUGGCGGCGGUAUCCGCGGCCUUGUGCUUGUCCAAAUGUUACUCGAAAUCGAAAAGCUCUCACAAACUCCCAUUGCGCAUAUGUUCGAUUGGAUAGCUGGCACUAGCACUGGCGGCAUCUUAGCACUUGGUCUCGGCUGUGGUAAAACAAUGCGCCAGUGUAUGGGCCUGUAUUUGCGCAUGAAAGAACAAUGCUUUGUCGGGUCACGUCCCUAUCCAAGUGAAUUGUUCGAAAAUAUAUUAAAGGAUAACUUAGGUGAAUAUACAGUAAUGACUGAUAUCAAACAUCCAAAAAUUAUGAUAACCGGUGUAAUGGCUGAUCGCAAGCCGGUAGAUUUGCAUCUGUUCAGAAAUUAUCACAGCGCCAGUGAUAUCCUAGGAAUAGUUACGCCAAUAAACAAUCGCCGUGUACCGCCACCACCUCCGGAAGAGCAACUAGUUUGGCGUGCAGCUAGAGCUACUGGCGCAGCACCAUCAUAUUUCCGUUCUGCGUUCGGACGUUUUCUCGAUGGUGGAUUAAUCGCCAACAAUCCGACUUUGGACGCUAUGACCGAAAUUCAUGAAUACAAUAUGGCACUGCGCAGUGUUGGACGUGAAAAGGAGGCAAUUCCGGUUUCUAUUGUAGUUUCUCUUGGUACCGGUCUGAUACCAGUAACCGCACUCAAAGAUAUUGAUGUAUUCCGCCCGGAAAGUAUAUGGGAUACCGCUAAAUUAGCCUAUGGGAUCUCAACAAUUGGCAACUUGCUCGUCGAUCAAGCAACGGCUUCUGAUGGUCGUGUCGUUGAUCGGGCACGGGCUUGGUGCAGCACAAUUGGAGUGCCCUAUUACAGGUUCAAUCCACAAUUAUAUGAAGACAUUGCUAUGGAUGAAAAGGAUGAUCAGAAAUUAAUCAAUAUGUUAUGGCAUGCUAAGGCCUACAUGCACAACAAUCGUAACAAAAUAAUAGAAAUGAUUAAUUUAUUAAAAUAGCAUAUAAGAAAAAUUUAGACCGUUUCCAAUAUAUCCAUUUAAAGUAAUUUCAAAAAUGUUUAGAUAUAAUAGUUAUUUGUUAGGGUAUGUACGCAGUUACAAAUAAAAUAGUGCAGCUGGUUCUUCACAAAAAA